UGCAAAAGGUUGAACGAGUCCAUUUUCUGCGUUUUUUAUUGGAACCCACAUCCAGAUUCUGCGAACGUGAUAAAGCUCAGAUUCCGGAAAUAGCCGCAAGUGCGCUUCUGCAACUCCGAUCCUGGGUUUCCUGCCCACGCUUCACAACCUCGGACCUUGCAUCCAAGCUCCUCGCCCACCACCAACCGGGAGCUGUUGCCCGCCCACUGCCGGAAUUAUUGAGAGCUUGAGAGGGACGUCUCAAUUGGGUGGAUAAUGGCUUCUCGAGUGCUUCUGCAGCGGCGCGUUGCGCCGCUGACGGCCGCCGUACUGGUAGGAAGCGUCGCCUUCUACCCCCGGACCGCACACGCCGAAGCGCCCAGCGAACGCCAAUACCUCAGGAAGCCCAUCUACGACGACUCCGACAUCCUCGCCCUGACAAGACCCGCGCCGCCAAAAACCCCGACAACAACCAGCGCCGCCAUCCCCACCCCAACGCCCCCCUCACCAUCCGAAGAGCCCCUCCCCGUCGCCAGCACCCCGGCACCACCCACCACCCCCUCCCUCUUCGACUCCACCCCCACCACCCCGACCACCGUCGUCCGCACGCGCGCACCCACCCCGACGGACCGGCUCGCGGCGCAGAUCCGACAGGCGCGGCUCUUCGUGUACGAGCAGGCGUGCGUGGCCGAGGACGCGGUCAACGGGGCGAUGGCGCGGGCGUUCGCGGCGGAGCGGUCCUUCACGUCGACGGUGGCGUCGCUGGCGCCGGCGCGCGAGAGCGGCGAGCGCCUGAUGCCGGGCGCCAUCUACGUGCUGGUCGCCGGCAUGGCGGGCAGCAUCGUCGCGCGCAACCGGAAUGUGCUGCUGCGUGGUGCGGCGCCGCUGGCGUUGGGGCUCGGCGCCGCGUGGGUCGUGCUGCCCGUCACGAUGGGGAAUGUCGGCGCGCUGGCGUGGGAGUAUGAGAAGCGCGUGCCGGCGGUUGCGGAUGCGCACCUGCGUGCUCGUGAGGGGGUGGAGCAGGGUGUGCAUAUGGCUCGCGUGCAUGCGGAGCUGGCGCAGAGGAAGGUGCAUGAGGGGGUGCGUGAUGCGAGAGAGGUGUUGGAGGGGUGGGUGCGCAAGGGGAAAUGAAGGGAGCUGGGGAAAGGCUUGCCCCGAGGCGAGUUAUUGUGAGAAAAAAAAAAAGCGGCGGGGAGAGCCGUGUGUAGAGAUGGAGAGAGCAGCGAGGUUGAUGGCUUGCCCCGUGUCUGCUUGUACCAUACAUUUAGGUAGAGAUCCGGUCGGAUAGACAAAUUUGCUUUGUGAAGGGAACAUGACUGGGUGUCUCUCGGCCGUUACCAGC